GCGCGUGCGGUGUUUUGGCCUAGCGCCGCCGCCGUUUGUUUGGGUUCGAUGGUGAAGAUGGCGGACGAGCUCGACAGAGUGCGGAUCUCAGCCGCGGAGCUGCGAGCCACGGUGACCAGCCUGACUAACAACGAGCAGAACCACGGAGCGGGAGAGUCAACGGAUGCAUCUGAGGGGAACCCCAGUCAACGGUCCUUUGAGGGGAAGAGACCUGAUAUCCAGCUGUACCGGCCACGCAUGGGCCAGGACAGGCAUUGCCAAGAUACCCCCACGUGCAGUGCUGACAAGGAGAGAGAUGCUCAGGGGGACAAGCCCUCGGAACAUCAAGGCUGUCCUGGGAAGGAUGCGGAGGCAGAACAGGAUGUCUCAUCGGUUCAGCACAUGGAAAUGGAAACAGAGUCUGCCCCAGAGGGAGAUCAAAAUGUUGCUACGCCAAACACCCAAGACUGUGCACUUAGUGAAGGGCCAAAGACCCCAGACAGUGCACUAAGUGAUGGAGAUUGUGGGAGUGUAAAUGAUGGUACUUCUCGUUUCGCUGUCUCCAGUAGCCUUCCUGCUGGCUCUAAGCAUUACCCUGAAACCAAAUGCAGAAGUGACUGUGAGUUUGUGCCACUGAAAAGUAUUAAUCAUUGUGUGGAUCCUGGCCGUCAACCGGACACCUCCCAUUGUACCAGUCCUGCUGGCACUGACACUAGCAGCCGCUCUGGGGAGCCACCAAAACAACCCCAGGUGACAAAUUCAAGGAUUUUGGCUUCCACUUUGUCCUGUGGGUCCACUUCACCAAAGCCAGGUCGCCGAAUUCGCAAACCUGACCGUGAGAUAUACCAGCCUCGGGCGGGAAGGUUACAGCAGCAGCAAGGCAGUAAAGAAAUGGCCUUGAGCAAAGAGCCAGAGAAAACUGAAACAGGAGAGGAACCUAAGAAGAGCUCUCACCCCGAGGGGCACAGCCGUGAGGGUGUGAAGGACUCAGCCUUGAUCAAAGAGCCAGAGAGAUCUGGACCUGGUGAGGAAGAACCCAAGAAGAAGAGCAAAAGCAGGCGAGAAGUUGGCUGCCCACCUACAGAUGUCAGCAUCGCAGUGGACCAUCUGACCGGCAGUUUGGAAAGCAUGAAGAUGUCAGAGACAGGAGAUAAUGAGGCCAAGAAGGCAGGGAAGAGAGGGGGAGAGGAGGACAACGCAGGGAGCAGUAGGCGGAGGACGGGUGAGGGGAGGCGAAGCCGAGCCGGGGGGGGGGGAGGUGAAGGAGGCAAUGGAGGCUGUUUAGGGGAAGCUGGCAGAAAGGGGGUUGAGAAAAAAGAGAAGGGAAGUCGGAGGAGUAAAGGGAGGGACAGAGAGGGAGAUAAAGAUCUGAAAAAGAGGGGGAAGGAAGUGGAGGGCAGAAAGGAAAUAGAACCUGAUGACGGAAAGGGAAAAGGCAGAGGGGGAGAUGGGAUUGGAGACAGUGGAAGGGUGAAAAGCAGAGCAAAAGAUGGGGGGAAGGAUGGUGACAGAGAGCGACUAAAAGACGCAGAGAGAGAGCGAGGCCAAGAUGGGGGUGGGAGGCUCCCGCUUGGGGGAGGCAGUAGGGCUGGUCAAGUUUCCAAGCGUUAUUCCAAGUCGGGCAAACGUUGUCCCAGGAACAGAACCUGUAGCACCAGCUCAGCCAGCAGUGGAACCAGUAUGGAUGGGCCAGGCGAGGAGGCCAGAAGAAGGGGUCAUCUGGCAAUGGCACGAGAUCAGGGCGAGGGCAAGGGCAGAGAGAGGCUGGACUGGGGCGGCAAGCAGCAGCGGGAUAACAUCAGCAGAGGUUUUUCCUCUACGGAUUCCCUUGAGGAGAGUGAGACUGGGCAUAAUGUCAGGGGGAGGAGGCUAAGAGAUAGUGACAGGCACAGGGAGGACCCCUGGAGUCCUGAAAGGAGACUUGGUGUGAACAGAAGGGGUAGCAGAGGAGGUGCUGGAGGACAGAGUGAAGGUGUUCAGAGGUCACUUCUUGUCCCACCGCCUGAUCCUCCCCAGUCCAUCACAACAGCAGGUGACGACCUGUCCAGGAGACAGGAGGGAGGGAGCAGAGGGAGGGGGAGGGGUAUUCUUGUCCUCCCUACUCGUACUGACCUCACCAUGCCCCCAGAGUCUAGCCCCAGGCAGCUGACUGGAGUAGGGAGAGGGUCAGCGGGUCCUGUGCGUGGAAGAGGAGGCCGGGGUGGGGCCACCAGGAGACUGUGGGACCCAAAUAACCCCGAUCAGAAACCAGCUCUGGUGCACAGUCAUCAAUCUCAGCAUGUGGGCCUAAAGCAGCCACUGCACCUACAACAGCAAGGUCAAGGCAACUUUGGUCAGCUACACUUUCUGGAUACAGAUGAUGAAAUUGCAGGAAGUCCCCCUGUUCACCAGGGGGAGCUCUAUCAUGGCUAUCAUACUUCCCAGCAAAAUGCAACAAUGGCCUACUACAAGUUCCAAAAUUCAGAUAACCCAUACUUCUACCAAUCUCCCAGCACCACCACGCGUUACCCUUACCCUUACGGUGUGAACUACCAAAUGCCUGGAGCAAACGGCAUGUACCCCUCACCCACCGGUUCCUUCUAUACGGGGUACCCACCUGCUGUGCCUGCGCUGACCCCAGAGGAGGCGGAGGUGCAGACCAGGGGUGAGCUUGGGAAGCUGCUCCGAGUGGCUGACAACCAGGAGUUGCAGCUCAGCAACCUGCUUUCCCGGGACAAACUGAGCCCGGAGGGUCUGGAAAGGACGGCUCAGCUGAGGGCGGAGCUCCUGACGUUGUAUGAGCGGGUGAUCUUGACGGACAUUGAGUUCUCGGACUCGCAGAACCUGGACCAGGCCCUGUGGAAAAAUGUCUUCUACCAGGUCAUCGAGCGCUUUCGGCAGCUCCUGAGGGAGUCGACGACGGAUGACGAGUCCCGCAUUAAGAAAAUGCUCCUCACGCUUCUGGAUGAGGGAGUGGUGUUCUUCGAUGCCCUGCUGCAGAAGCUGCAGGUGGUGUUCCAGUUCAAGCUGGAAGAUUACAUGGACGGUGUCGCUAUCCGUGCCCGGCCUCUCCGCAAGACUGUCAAGUACGCUCUGAUCAGCGCCCAGCGAUGCAUGAUCUGCCAGGGUGACAUCGCCAGGUAUCGAGAGCAGGCUAGUGACUCUGCUAACUACGGGAAAGCGCGCAGUUGGUACCUGAAGGCCCAGCACAUUGCACCAAAGAACGGACGCCCGUAUAACCAGCUGGCUCUACUGGCCGUGUACACGAAGAGGAAGCUGGAUGCAGUGUACUACUACAUGCGCAGCCUGGCCGCUAGCAACCCCAUCCUGACAGCCAAGGAGAGCCUCAUGAGCCUGUUUGAGGAGACAAAGCGAAAGGCUGAGCAGCUGGAGCAGCGGCAUCGCCUGGAGCCAGUGGGGCCAUCGAGGGGCCCCCGAGGGGGCGGCCGGCGCGGACAGGAGCCCGCACGCAUUGAGAUCUGGGUGCGUCCUGGAGGGCAACCGGCAGCCACAUCCCGCACGACAAGCGAGUCCGGCCAUGAGGUGGAGCGCGACGGCGAGCUCGAGGGCCUGAGCACCAGCGACCUGAACAAGAGAUUUGUUCUGAGCUUCCUUCACACUCACGGGAAGCUGUUCACCAGAGUGGGCCUGGAGACGUUCCCCAUGGUGGCCAGCCGCGUCCUGCAGGAAUUCCGUGCUCUACUCCAGCACAGCCCCAGCCCACUGGGCAGCUCCCGCAUGCUGCAGAUCGUCACCAUCAACAUGUUUGCUGUGCACAAUGCCCAGAGCAAGGAGGGUCAGGAUGAGGUGCGUUCGCCUCUACAGGAGCAGAGUACGGCCUUGGGACUCGCCAUGUUCGCACUGCUGGUUCAGCGCUGCACAGAGCUGCUAAGGGACACACCCACAAGUCCUCGCUCUCCGGAUAACGAGGAGGCCGACCUGCCAGUGGAGGGGGGUGGCAUGCCACGGGUCUCUGACUUCCCCCCCGACCUGCGGGAGCUGCUGCCCUGUGUAAAGGUGUGGUCCGACUGGAUGCUGGGUCACCCCAAGCAAUGGAACUCUCCACCCAGCAACCUGCCCCCACCCUGCAGGUGAACC